AUGAUGCGAUCCGUGUUGUGUUUUCUGGUAUUGCUUCUAUGCGUUUCCUCUGUCUCUUUGGCGGCUCAAGAGGGACCUGUUUCUCAAGUGAAUACCACUGAUCAUGGAGUUUCUGAAGUUACGUGUGAAAGUUCCGAACAACCUGAUAAACCUUGUGCUUCUCAAGUACCUGCUUCUUUACCUGUUAAAUCUCCUGUUCCUCCUGAGCAGCAUGUAGAGAUUGGUCCUUCUGUUCUUCAAGGAGUCGCUCAUGGUGGUCCUGUUGCGGGUACUUCCUUGCAAAGAAGUGAUGCUGCAGCUCAUGCGACUGAAGCAGAGCGUAGACAAGUUCAAGAUAGACUGAAGCCAGUUGGUAGUCAAGAGGCAGAAAGAGAGGAAGCGGAGACUUUGGUAAACAAUAAAAAGGCAGGGGCAUUAUCAUCGUUAUCUCCUGAGCAGUCGCCACAAGGUGGUACAGGUGGUCCUGGUUCUGAGGGGCAACAGAAACAGAUAGACAGAGUUACACAGGGCUCUCAAGAAGAAAACCGCAACAAAGAAACGAAUACUGAAAGCUCGGAAUUGCCGACAAAUGCUGACUCCACACAACGUCCUACUGCAGAUGCACCUCCUGCUGACACAACCCCAUCUAAUCCACACUCUGGUGAUUCAAGCACACCAAAUAACCGGAGCGCAGAGCCCAACAGUACCGCUGAUACCUUGACAACUUCAGAAGAGAGUGAAGGAACAAAUAACGAGAUUGCGAAUGCUUUGAGUGAAUCAACCACCACCACAACAACCACAACACUUCCUCUUGAGUCUGCAAACAACAAGAAGGGUGAUGCAGACAGCAGCAGCAGUAUCAGCAGUUCUGUGUGGGUGCGUGUACCACUACUGAUUGUGGUUACACUGGCCUGUAUUCUUGUGUGCUGA